GUGACAAAGUUGAGAGUUGAUACGAAACUUACUCUAGUUUCAGAACCGCUAAACAAACCUUCACUGGAUCAAUCUCUUUUCCAGACGCAGGCUGGAGGAGUACAUGGCGGCGACAGAGAGCAGCUUAAGCCCGGCGGUGGAGUCGGUUGUGCCGGCUUGUAUGUUCGCACCUGACCCGGGCUGCGCGGAGGAUUCGCCCGGCGCUGAGCGCAGCAACGCCGGCGACAACCAGAACGGGGAAGCCGAGGACCAUUUAGACCUCACCAGCAAGUUUGCACUGGUCAGCCCUACAGGAGAGCAGUAUGAGUGUUUACAAAAGCAGCUGCGAGAGCGAAUAGAGGAAGGAUGCGGAGAAACCAUCUAUGUGGUCGGAAUGGGAACAGAUGGGGGUGAUUAUGGUCUGGAUGAGCGGGAUAUGGAAGCAUCUGUCGCUACGGUGCAGUCAAUUUGUGAACAGGUUGAUGCGGACUUGAUUCUGCUGAGAGAGAGGACAGAAACAGCAGGACAUGUCCGGGAUUAUCUCAUCCGUCGUCGAGUGGGAGAGGCAGACUUCCUGGAAGUCAGGGUGGCGGUCGUAGGUAAUGUAGACGCUGGUAAAAGCACACUUUUGGGUGUGCUAACCCAUGGUGAACUUGACAACGGCCGUGGAUUCGCCCGCCAGAAGCUAUUCCGACACAAACACGAGAUGGAGAGCGGCCGGACGAGUAGCGUCGGUAAUGACAUCCUGGGCUUCGACCAGGAGGGGCAGGUGGUCAACAAACCGGACAGCCAUGGAGGCAGCCUGGACUGGACCAAAAUCUGCGAGAGGUCAUCGAAGGUCAUCACUUUCAUUGACUUGGCGGGCCACGAGAAGUACCUGAAGACCACCGUAUUUGGCAUGACUGGCCAUCUGCCGGAUUUCUGCAUGCUAAUGGUGGGAAGUAAUGCAGGAAUCAUUGGCAUGACUAAAGAGCACCUCGGUCUCGCUCUGGCCCUCAACGUUCCUGUUUUUGUAGUUGUAACAAAGAUAGACAUGUGCCCCGCUAACAUCUUACAAGAGACGCUAAAGUUAUUACAAAGGUUACUCAAGUCUCCAGGAUGCAGAAAAAUACCAGUUUUGGUGCAAAACAAGGAUGAUGUCAUUGUUACAGCCUCAAACUUCAGCUCAGAAAGGAUGUGUCCGAUUUUCCAGAUCUCAAAUGUGACAGGAGAAAACAUGGACUUGUUGAAAAUGUUCCUGAACUUGCUGUCUCCCAGAACGAUGUACAAGGACGACGAGCCGCCAGAGUUUCAGAUUGACGACACAUAUUCAGUGCCGGGUGUAGGUACUGUAGUAUCAGGGACUACUUUACGUGGAUUAAUACGGCUGAAUGACACGCUGCUCCUCGGUCCGGAUCCUCUGGGCGUCUUCAUCCCCAUCGUCGUCAAAUCCAUCCACCGCAAGCGCAUGCCUGUUAAAGAAGUGCAUGGGGGCCAGACUGCCUCAUUCGCUCUGAAGAAGAUCAAGCGUUCGUCGAUCAGGAAGGGGAUGGUGAUGGUGUCGCCCCGCCUCAACCCACAGGCAUGCUGGGAGUUUGAGGCAGAGAUUCUCGUACUGCACCAUCCAACGACGAUAUCGCCGAGAUACCAAGCUAUGGUUCACUGUGGCAGUAUCAGACAGACGGCCACUAUCAUCGGUAUGAACAAAGACUGUUUACGGACGGGGGACAAAGCCACCGUGCUCUUCCGCUUCAUCAAGACCCCCGAGUACUUCCACCCGGACCAGAGACUCGUCUUCAGAGAGGGCAGGACCAAGGCCGUGGGCACCAUCACUAAGCUGCUACAGAGCAAGCCUCAGGCCAAGAUGCAGUCUACCAAGAAAACCUCGUCACAGGUGGAAGGCUCUUCAUCAGCCUGCGAGGAAAGCUCACCGAUGGGAGGAAGCCCUCAGAUGGGACAGCUGUUGAAGUCUGGUGGAAGUGGUCGGCGGCGUGGUGGCCAGCGGCACAAAGGCAGAUCAGCUCUGAGCAGCACUGGAACAACUACUUCAGCAGCUGGAGUGAGCAACAACUGAGCCUCCUCCAGCUCUCUCUCUCUCUCUCUCUCUCUCUCACCCAUCUACUGGUCAACUGACUUUAACGUUUCGAGUGAACACCAGAGGGCAGUAAAGCCUUUUUUCUCUUUCACCCUGCCCUUUUUUCACUAAACCGGACUCAACUAUUUCUCCCUAAUUAGAAACAUUCAUCUCCACUGACACAAUCGUGCCAAAACCCUGACUGACAAGCAGCUGUUGUGUUCCUCGUCCACCCGCUUGUUUUUUUUGUUUUUUUUCUCACCCUUAUCAAACCCUUUUACUUAAUAUUCUAGAGUCUUAACAUCUUGUAAUAAACACCCCAAAAUCCUGGAUUUUGUAGCCGGAAUGUUUCCCCGAGGACCCAAUUAAGCAGCCCACGACUGAAUCCUUGUUUGUGUUCAGCGAUUUAGCUAUUUUCCAUGUCAUUUUCCUCCUUCAAUUGAAUUUGGCAAAUGCUAACGCAGAUGAAAGGGGAGAAAUCUGUUCUGCUUGUCAAUCUCUCAUGCCCCCUCAUCCUCUUCUGAUUUUAAUGAGCGUCGUAGCUGGUGAGAUGCGCAAAAUCAUGGCCAGAUAAAACCGCUCUCUCUUGAGGCGUCACAAAUUAGGUGGCUUUCUGCUCUCCCGUGUUGCUUUUCAUUGUGUGACCUGGCAUUACUUACAAAAGGUCUCACCUUUUCAAUGGAGAAGGUUUUUUUUUUUGGCUAAAAACGGGAAACUAUCUGAGAUGACGUGGCAUUUCGUUCAGAUUUCUGUUGUGACUUUCUCAUUAAACCUUAUUUUCUGUCUAUUCUUAUUUAUUCUAGACUAUUUUCAUGAUAUUGAGAGUAGACCUUGAAUAAAUUCUAACUAAAUUACUAAUUUACCCAAAAAUGAAAAUUUGGUCGUCAUUUGUUCACCGUCAUAAUGUUCUACACUAUUAUGAUUAAUUAAUUUAUAACAUUUUUUGUGGAGGAGUUGCUCUUUUCUGUGAAGUUACAAUAAAAAGACUUAUUAUCAAUUUGCAUCACAAAAGUGGUUUAUAAAUCUGGAAGCUCAUUUCCAGCACAGGGUAGUUCUCUCAAUUAACAUCAUGUAAUUCUGACUUUUUUCUCUGAAUUCUGAGUUUACAUAUCGCAAUUCUCAUUUUUUUGUUCCACAAUAAAAUAAACGCACACUAUAAAAAAAGACUUCUAUGACUUUUUAUCUCACAAGUCUGCCUUUUUUGCUAUUCUGAAUUUAUAAUAUAAAUGCGAGGAAUAAAAUAAUAAUAAAAAAAAACACUGAAUUGUCAGAUUUGAGAUAUAUAGAUUCAGAAUUCUGAGAAAGUCUAAAUUACCACAUAUAUAAACUGAGUUCAGAUUUUGCUAAAUUUUUAUUGUUUUCUCAGAAAUCUGAAUUUACAUCACGCAUUUCUGACUUUUUCUCCAAAUUUGUAUUGCAAUUUCUCAGAGUUUGUAUAUUGCAAUUCUGUUUUGGGUUUCCACCAUGCAAUAAAACAGUUGUGAGUUAUAAACUUGCAAUUGCAGAUGAACUUCUCGCAAUUCAAAUUAGUUUCUUACCAGAUGACUUCAAAAGACUAAGGAUUUAUCUAUAAAUGUCACAUGGACCACAUUUAAGGCGCUUUUGAAGCUUGAAAGCUUCAGUUCCCAGUGUAAUUGUGAAAAGAGCAACUGUUGCACAAAGGAAAGAAUGUCAUAGUUGUGUGAAAAGACAUUAGGGUGAGGAAAUAAAAGAAUUUUCAUUUUUCAGGUGAACUAUUCAUUUAAAUAUGAACCAGAAUUGAAGUUAUUCUUCUGUGAAUCUAAUAUAUAUUUACAUAUCUGUUUGAUGCCUUCUUGGGAUUGCAUUCAAUUUGAAAUUCGUCAGGGAAAACUGUGGUGGAAUGUCGUAAAGGUCUUGAAGUUCCCUGUUAAAAAGAAAGCAAGUUCAACAGUUAGCCAUUUAGUGGGGAUUUUAAAGUCCAUUAUAUUCUGUAAUACAAAUUCUGACCAACGGAGUUCAACAUGAGAAACACCAAAUCUUGUCUACCAAGAUGUGGUUUCAUAAUUACAAUUUUAAAACAAAAGAAAAACUCCGUGCCCACACAGUCGCUUUCAUUUACAUAGUUUACAUGAUCCCAAUGUGCGGUAUUCACACAAGGCAUUGUUCAAGGCAGUUCUGGUUCUUGUUCUUGGAUUUGAUCUGCUGUUCUUGUCUUUUGAAUCAAUAAAGGUGAACCACAGGGUCUGUACUAUCAGGGAAAUCUUUAGACAUUGAUUUUAGUUUUAUCUGAGGCAGCCAAGUAGAUUCGAACCUCUUUAAAAAAAAACAUUUUUACACACGUGAUCACUAAGUUCAACUGGAAUGGCUUAAGACCACAUAUAAACCCUUGAGUUAUACAAAAAAACAGAUUUAAUACUUUUUUUUUUUAAUCUUCAGGAACCUGAAUAAUAAUAUAGAUAUUUUUUUUAUUAGUAUUUUACUUAUUUAUAUUUUUCCCCUCCCCCUAGGGCUGGUAUGUGAUUUGAUUUUUAGGCAAAAUACAAGACAUUUUUGUAUUAGAGCAUUCAGUGCAUUGGUUAGGAUUUGAUUUCGUUUCUUUUUUCAGACAUUUUCUUUUGGAUCCAGUCCCCAUAUAGUGCAUGAUUUUUUUUUUCGUGCAUUAAAAUGUAUGUGCAUUGCGUACAAAUGAAAAAAAUAUGCAAUUUCUGUUGUAAAUCCUUUAAAAUAAAAUAAAAUGUUAUAGAAAAAACUCUUAAUGCAGUUAUCACGGUUGCUUUCCUGUAAUUUGAUAAAACAAAUGUAAGGAUUUUACUUUCAUUGCCUUUAGUAUGUACUGUUAUGUCUCUAGAUUGUAUAAUGUGAAACAACUCUUCCCCUGAGGAACUAUUGAACUGAAUUAUUUGUAAACAUUUGGUUUAUUCGCCCUUAGACACUCAUUUCUAAUUUGUUAUUUGCUUUUCUCUCCAACAUGGCGAACAAAUAUGC